UUCACUGAAAACAGAGAAACUCUUCUAUCAGAGUGGGGCCAUCUCGAAGGCCACACGCCGGUGGUGGCGGUAAGCCUGUAAGCCGGUGACAGAGAGCGAUGCACGGAGGAGAUGACAAGGACGGCGACGGCGAGAAGGGUUUGCUGUGGAAGCUUCCAGUGCUCAAGUCCAAGCAAGUUGGCAAGCUCGGCCCUGGCUUCGGCUUCGGCGCCGGCUGCGGCAUCGGCCUUGGCGCCGGCUUCCUUGGAGGUAUAGGCUUUGGUCCUGGGAUUCCCGGAUUACAGCUGGGUGUUGGAUUUGGUGCUGGAUGUGGGGUUGGUUUAGGAUUUGGUUAUGGUGUAGGGAGGGGUGUUGCACAUGACGAAUACAGGAGAUACUCUAAUGUUGGAAAGCUUUUUAAGGGACGAGAUCUUCCUACUCAGGAUGACAUCGGUGUUCUUGUUGAUGAGGUUGUUAGAAAUACCAAGAAGCUCAUCAAAGCAACUGAGAGGGAGAUUGAGAAGUGGAGGAGAUGAAGAAUCUACUCUUGGGUCUACUAAUUAAUCUGAAGUUCUCUUGCUAGGGUUUUUACUUUCUACAGAAAUGGCUCCUAUGUAUGAAGUGCAGAAACCAUUUUGUUUUUCUGUGUAUGUUUAGUUAUACUGUAUACAUACAUUUGGGUUUUUAAUCUUUGAAGCUAUUACAAGCAAACGACUCAGUGUGAUCAAGUCUUCACUUUUCCUUUGAA